GAUGGAGUCAUCUUGCCUGGACCUGGCUCUGGAAGGUGAGCGGCUCUGCAAGGCUGGUGACUAUCGUGCCGGUGUGUCCUUCUUUGAGUCUGCCAUCCAGGUUGGAACAGAGGACCUCCAAAUCCUAAGUGCCAUCUACAGCCAGCUGGGAAAUGCCUACUUUCACCUACAAGAGUAUAACAAAGCCUUGGAGUACCAUCGGCAUGACCUCACACUUACCAGAACAAUUGGAGAUGAGCUUGGUGAGGCAAAAGCCAGUGGCAACCUUGGGAACACAUUAAAGCUUUUGGGACGGUAUGAUGAAGCAGUGGUUUGUUGCCAAAGACAUUUGGAUAUCACCAGAGCCAUUUAUGAUAAGGUUGGGCAGGCUCGAGCGCUGUAUAAUUUCGGGAACGUUUACCACGCCAAGGGCAAGGGCAUCUGCUGGAAUGGAGCCGAGCCAGGAGAGUUCUCGGAGGAAGCCAGGAUAGCCCUGAGGAAAGCUGCACAGUACUAUGAAGCAAACCUAAACAUGGUGAAGGAGCUGGGCGAUAAGGCCGCCCAGGGUCGUACCUAUGGUAACCUUGGCAACACUUACUAUUUGCUGGGAGAAUUUGAAACUGCAGUAGCCGCUCAUGAAAAGCGGCUGCUCAUCGCUAAAGAGUUUGGGGAUAAGUCUGCAGAGAGGAGGGCCCACUGUAACCUUGGCAACGCUCACAUAUUCCUCAGCCAGUUUGAAGUGGCGGCUGGUCAUUACAAGAGGACUCUGCAGCUGGCCAGGCUUUUGAAGGACAAAGCCGUGGAGGCUCAGGCCUGUUACAGUCUGGGCAACACCUACACACUACUUCAGGACUAUGAGAGAGCCAUCGAUUACCACCUCAAACAUCUGGUCAUUGCUCAGGACCUCAGCGACAGAGUCGGUGAAGGAAGAGCGUACUGGAGUCUAGGAAAUGCCCACACAGCCCUGGGGAAUCAUCAGCAAGCCAUGUACUUCGCUGAGAAACAUCUGGAAAUUGCCAAAGAGACUGGAGACAAAAGUGGAGAAGUGACAGCCAGGAUGAACCUGUCGGACCUACGGCUGGUCGUAGGCCUGAAGUCCAACUCCAGCCUCCACCCUAACAUCUUUCGCAACAUGAACACAAACAGCUCUGCUCUGUCAGCAAGCCUCCAGGGUUACCCCAACAUGUCAGGGCCCAAGUCUCCAUCCAGGAGAAUGGGCAGUGCAGAGAACCUGGAACUGAGUCCAAGUCCUGAAAAAGAUCAGACUGGAGAAUCAUCGGCACAUCUGGACUGGGAGGACGAAGUAUUUCCCGGGGCUUCAAAAAACAACACAAUCAAGGCUUCUACAAAACUCUUCCUCUUUCACCGGCUGAAAAGCAAGAAGCAGAAGAACAACAAAUCAUCUAAAGACCAACACGAAACCCGCACAGAGCUUUCUGCUCCUGAGCUGGAAGCGUCUGUGUCUCCUAAGCCAGGAUCACGGGACACUAUUGGAGAGGAUGGCUUUUUCGACCUCCUCUCUCGUUUCCAGGGCAACAGAAUGGACGACCAAAGGUGCUCCCUACUGGAUGGCCAGAGCCAUCUCCCCGCUCACUCCUCUCCCUCCUCCACCCCACCUGUAGCUGAAAGGAAAUCUAUUUUGGAAUGCGAAACACCGUUGCAGGAUCCUGGUCAUUUCCUGGAGCUGCUGGCCAGCUCCCAGGCCCGUCGUCUGGACGACCAACGAGUCAGCUUGAGCCAUUUUCCUGGCUUACGUCUCAGCACCUCCAACCCGCCUCGUACACCCUCCACCUCCAGCACAGAUCAAGUCCAAACACAAGCCCCCAUCUCCAGUACAGAUACCCCUCACACACCCUCCCUGUACAGUCAUCUCGAGGCAAGCGCUGAGCAGCCUGAGGGGGAUGAUGUGUUCUUCGACAUGCUUGUUAAGUGCCAGGGCUCCCGGCUGAACGACCAGAGGUGUGCUGCUCCACCGUCUGCAAAUAAGGGAGCAACUGUUCCAGAUGAGGAUUUUUUCAGUCUCAUCCUGCGUUCCCAGUCCAACAGGAUGGAGGAGCAGCGAGUCCUGCCACCUGGUGUCACCCAAUCUAAACCAGACUGACUUCAUGAGGAAUUUUUUUUUAUUGUCUCAGGAUAACCGAUGAAGUAGCCAAGUUUCCUUUUAUGAGAUUUUCUUUUUUGUAACCCACAUAUCUGAUUCCUGCCUUUCUGGAUCGUCUUCACAACAUUCCUGCGAGACUGCCAAGAGUACAAGGGACACUAAAAGGAAUCAAGGUCUCAAACAAUACAAAACUGGUCUUUGUGACUGUGGGAACUUUUGCUUUUUUUAAAACUUGUUUUUAGAUAUCUCACAGCAUCUCUGGGUAGUUGCCACCUUUUUUGUGGUGCCCCCUGCUGCCUGUUUUAAUCAGGGACCUCUGUAUCAAUGGCAUCUGCCCACUCUGGAGGCUUGCAUCAAGCCACUACUACAACACACUACAAACUGUGGGUGGUGGUGGUUCGCGUUUGGACUGUAAGUACUUUAUUCCAAGGACAUAAGCCAAACUGAAGGGAUUUCUGCUUUAAAAUGAUCGACUAAAGAAACAUUCUAUAAACCUCAGGUACUACAAUUAAGCAAAUUGAAACAUUGCACUGCCUGUUCUGGCCAUUUGCUAUUACAUCAAGACUUUCAGAGUGGUACAUCUUGAUUUGAAUUGACCUCUACAAGAAUAACUCAGAGGGUCAAUGGACAAAUCUUCUCUGGGGAAAUAAAGGUCCACGUCCACCUUUAUUACUGCACUGGUGACUAGUGGAGCCAUUUAUAGAAUCUGCUUCCAGGCAUUGCUUUUGAAGACUUAAAGACUGUCAGUUGUACAUCGUUAAAGGUUGUAUUGGUGGAGUUAUUAUUGCCAUAAACUCAAAUGGGAUUUUUUUUCAUUGUAACAAGAUUUUACCGGGGAUUAACUAGUGUAAAAAAAAGAAAUGUUAUUUUAGCUUUUAUACUGAUACCAAUUCCUGACAAUGGAGAAAUAAAAUAUCGUGAACUUACAUUACAA